UGACGUGUACCGGACCAAGGGGCAGUUGGCCAACUUCCAGGAGAUGCUGGAGAACAUCUUCCUGCCCCUCUACGAGGCCACGCUGCACCCGGCCCAGCACCCGGAGCUGCACCUCUUCCUGGAGCACGUGGACGGGUUCGACAGCGUGGAUGACGAGUCGAAGCCGGAGCAUCACAUCUUCAACCUGGACAGCCCCCUGCCCGGGCAGUGGGUGGAGGAGGACAACCCACCCUACUCCUACUACCUGUACUACAUGUACGCCAACAUGACCGUGCUCAACCACCUGCGCAG